GUGGCCACAGAUAAAGCCAGAAGUUAUUAACACACAUAACACAACAUUAGUAGUAGGAGACAGGAGAAGGAGAAGAAGAAGCGCAGACCCUGCGGUGCGUGCGGACCUUGUGGUUUGGUGCGAGUGUUUGAGGUAAAAUUUUGAAAGACGAUCGAUGGCAGCUAUCCCCACGGCUACCCCAUUCCUAAGCGGAGGCAGCACUCGAGGAGCACAACGGCUCCGGCAGCCAGGCGGCUUGCUUCUCUGCGGUGGCUCUUCCAGUCGGCAGGUGGUGGUUGCGGCGGCUGGUGCUGCUAAGAAAUCUUGGCUCCCUGGUGUCAAAGGAGGAGGCAACUUCGUCGAUCCCGAAUGGCUCGAUGGCUCGCUUCCAGGUGACUAUGGGUUUGAUCCCCUGGGGUUGGGCAAAGACCCUGCAUUCCUAAAAUGGUACAGAGAGGCAGAGCUCAUCCAUGGGCGCUGGGCUAUGGCAGCGGUGGUCGGGAUCUUCGUGGGCCAGGCAUGGAGCGGCAUCCCGUGGUUCAAAGCUGGUGCCGACCCAGGUGCCAUUGCCCCCUUCUCUUUUGGGUCCUUGCUCGGGACGCAGCUGCUGCUGAUGGGUUGGGUGGAGAGCAAGAGGUGGGUGGACUUCUUCAACCCCGAGUCACAGUCAGUAGAGUGGGCGACACCAUGGUCGAGGACCUCCGAGAACUUUGCGAAUGCCACUGGUGAGCAGGGGUACCCCGGGGGCAAGUUCUUCGACCCUCUGGGUCUUGCUGGAACCAUCCAGAACGGACAGUACAUCCCAGACGCAGAGAAGCUCGAGAGGCUGAAGUUGGCGGAGAUAAAGCACGCCCGCAUCGCCAUGCUCGCAAUGCUCAUCUUCUACUUCGAGGCCGGACAAGGCAAAACCCCUCUCGGAGCCCUCGGAUUGUAAUCUCGAAACAUUACAACUAAUCUUCAUCUCCAUUCACAAUCCUUCCUCCUCUCCUCUGUAUUUCACAGUGUUUGUGUUUGGUGAGCCAGCCAUAUUGGGGACAGCAUUGCAAUGCAUUGCCUUUCAUUUUUUCUUGUCUGUGAAUGUAACAAACUACUGCUUCACCUUUUCACCCCACUCUCUUUCUACAUACGUAGGUGUAAUGUACAAGAGUUUAAGCACCUUAUUAUUUUCAAUUCCAAUCUUAAAACUAUUAAGAUUAUCU